AUGAAUCUCUGGAGCGACGAUAACUCUUCAGUCAUGGAGGCUUUCAUGACCUCCUCUGAUUUAUCCACCUUAUGGCCACUGGCGCCGCCGUCGCAGCCACCACAAACAGCCACCGGAUUCAACCAAGACACGCUGCAGCAAAGACUUCAAGCUUUGAUAGAAGGCGCAUCGGAGCUCUGGACCUACGCUAUCUUCUGGCAACCGUCUUAUGACUAUUCAGGCUCUUCUCUUCUCGGUUGGGGUGACGGUUACUACAAAGGAGAAGAAGAUAAAACAAAAGCGAAAUCAAAGUCGAAAUCUAAAGCCUCUUCACCAGCUGAACAAGAACACCGGAGAAAAGUUCUCAGAGAACUUAAUUCUUUAAUCUCCGGUAAUCCGGUCACCGACGAAUCCGCCGUCGAUGAGGAAGUAACGGAUACCGAAUGGUUCUUUUUAGUUUCUAUGACGCAGUCUUUUGUCAACGGCGGCGGACUUCCCGGACAGGCUUACUUUAACUCAACUCCGGUGUGGUUGGUCGGCGGGGAGAGUCUAUCCAUCUCGGCGUGCGAGAGAGCGAGACAGGGUCAGGAAUACGGUUUACAGACGCUGGCGUGUAUACCGUCGGCGAACGGUGUUUUGGAGCUUGGAUCUACGGAGUUGAUUUAUCAAAACAGUGAUUUGAUGAAUAAAGUGAAGAUGCUUUUCAAUUUCAAUAAUAGCUUUGAGUUUGGAUCUUCUUGGCAGUUAGGUAAUUCUAAUUCUGCUGCAAUUGCUCAUCAAGGUGAAAAUGAUCCUUCUUCGAUUUGGCUUAACGAUGCUGAAGCUAGAGAUUCGGUUGAUAAUAAUUCUCUUGUUGCAACAACAACAAACACUUCAGUUUCAAAUCCAAGUCACCAACACCAACCUCAGAACAAUAACAAUAAUCAGAGUUUGAGUGUGAGUGUUACAAAGACUAUACAAUUUGAAACUCAUGGUUCAAGUACUGUGACAGAAGUUCCUAGUGUUGUUCAUGUAUCAAGCAAGCAGAAUAAUCAAAGUUUCUUUAAUAAGGAAAUGAUUCUUUCUGAAUAUGGUGGGAGUAAUAAUCAGCAACGUUCUUUGAAGCCGGAAUCCGGUGAGAUUCUGAGCUUCGGAGGCGAGAGUAAUAAGAGUUCUUAUGUUGCUAAUAAUGGAAAUUCAAAUUCGAAUUUCUUCUCGGGUCAAUCACAUAUAGUUUCAGUGGCUGAGGAAAACCAUAACAACAACAUCAACAAUGGAAACGGAAAGAGGAGAUCGCCGAAUUCGAGAGGAAGCAAUAACGAUGAUGGAAUGUUAUCUUUUACUUCUGGUGUAAUUGUUCCACCGGCAGCGUCGAAUUUGAAAUUCUCUGGUGGUACUGGUUGUGGUGAUUCAGACCAUUCGGAUCUGGAGGCUUCGGUGGUGAAGGAGGUGGAUAGCAGUCGUGUGGUGGAGCCGGAAAAGAAGCCGAGGAAGAGAGGAAGGAAACCGGCAAAUGGAAGAGAAGAACCGUUGAAUCAUGUUGAAGCUGAGAGACAAAGAAGAGAGAAGCUGAAUCAGAGAUUCUAUGCACUUCGUGCAGUUGUGCCUAAUGUUUCAAAGAUGGAUAAAGCUUCACUUUUGGGAGAUGCUAUAUCUUACAUUACUGAACUGAAAACAAAGCUUCAGAAAACAGAAUCUGAUAAAGAUGGAUUGGAAAAACAACUUGAGGAAGUGAAGAGUGAGCUUCAGAAAAUCAAUGAAAACUCGUCUCAUCCGCCACCCGCACCACCACAACAACAGCAACAACCAGUAUCCAAAAAGCCAUCACCUUCCAAUCAAGCCUUAAUUGAUUUGGAUAUCGACGUCAAGAUUAUAGGGUGGGAUGCAAUGAUUAGGAUCCAAUGCAGUAAGAAAAACCACCCCGCAGCAAGAUUGAUGGCGGCGUUGAUGGAGCUUGACCUAGAAGUGCACCAUGCUAGUGUGUCUGUGGUGAAUGACUUGAUGAUACAACAAGCAACUGUGAAGAUGGGGAGUCGAUUUUACACCCAAGAGCAGCUUCGGGCAGCAUUGUCCUCUAAAGUUGGGGAUGUUCAAUAA